AUGCCCCACGUCGAGCUCUCGCAGCCGCAGAGCGCGACAGGCGCCAAUGACAAGGGCAAGCAGCCAAUGAAAUCGCACGCGGGGCGCAACAAGUCGUCUGUCGACGUUCGGACGAGUCAGCAGACCAAGAGCCUCGACUGGGCUUCCAGUUCUGCCGGCGGAUCCAACGUUCCAGACGUCGGCGGCUCAGGGAUAAAACCCCGGCGUGGGUCAGCGCCAGGGCUUGCGCUGUCGACUCUUGACACGCUGCGGGUACCUGCGCGAUCAUCGCGCGUCUCGUCGCCCCAACGAUCGCCGUCGGUCCAGAGCCCGUCGACGCCACACAUGAGCGAGCUGACGCAGGAGGAUCGGCCCAGGAGCAGGCUGUCGCUGCUGGUGCGGUGGAUGAUCAAUAAGCCGGCGUCGUGGGCGCCAUCACAGCAGGCCAGCACGUCCACACUACCUUCCGGGGCCGUCUCCCCGUCGUCGAUCGCAAGCGGGAGCAGACCGACUCACACGCGCGACCUCACCCAAAGGCGGAGUGAGGAUGCGUUCAACCGCGUGUCGUCGCACAACGACGGCUCGCUGACGCAAGCGAUGCGCGCGGCGAGCUGGGGCGAGGUCGACGGGUAUAGGUCGCGGCCGUCGGAGGACAUGGCGAGUCUGUAUUCUGACCACGGCGAAGAUGGGCCUGACGAAGACACGUACCUCGUCGGCUUCGGCGGCGUCGCGCAGAGCCCGGUCUCGACGGUACCAAGCGCCGUGCUGAGCACGGUGUCAUCCCUGGGCUCGCUCGGCUCGGCGGUGCCGAUGUCGGCUGCGCAGAUCCUGCUGCAGCGCGCCGAAGGCAGCGGGAGCGCGGACUUGUCGUCUGUGCCGGAUCUUGCGGCACGGGAUGCGGUGUUGGUGCGGCAUGCGCAGGUGCGUGCGCAUGCGACGAGCCCGCUGUCCCAUCGCGCGAGCGAGGAGGAUCUGGACCCGCAGUCUCCGACGUUCGAGGACUCGGAUGGCGAGUCAGAUGUGACAGGGGACCGGACGCCGAGCGAGCAAGACUUUGCGCCAAACACGAGCGUGAUGUACCAGGAGGCCGACGAGGAGAGCGACGAGGAGGAGCCGGCGCCGCUGGAGGUCAAAACCCGGCGGCCGUCGUGGUCGGUGCACUCACGCCCGUCGUCACCGCGGCGGUCGGACAUUGGGCAGGAGGGCUGCGCCCGGCCUGCGAUUCGUAUUUAG